ACCCAAAAGGCUCUAUAAUAUGAACAAAAGACGUUAAAGUAUUUGAAUGUAGUUUACACAGAUCUCAGCUAAUUCUGAAUUUGGGGAAUCCCCUAAUUGUAGAAUAAGACUCUCAUUUGUAUUGCAUGUAAUGCGUAGAAUACUUCAGUUGCAAUUUUGUACUUGCGUGGAAUUUUUCUUUUUAGAUUUUCUGUUGAAAAUGAAUUCUAAAAACCACACGUUUACUCGCGACCUGGACAAAGAAGAACUCUGCGUCCUUCAGAGCUGCCAAAAAUGGAGAAAACUCUUUAUCGUUGGUUUAUCAAAAUGCGGAAUAAAAACUGGCCAGUAAGUGCCUUAAUGUUGAAAGAAAAGGCCAAAGUUCUGCAUGCACAAGUAAAGGAAAAUGAACCUAACUUCAACGCUAGUGAUGGAUGGCUUCAAGGAUUUAAAAAAAGGUACGGAAUUCGACUGCUGCAAAUAUCAGGCGUAAAACUAUCUUCGCUGCCUCAGCUCGUGGAUCCAUUUAAGGAAAAACUUAGAGCUAAAAUGGCCGAGCUGGAGCUGUGUAACGAUCAGUCAUAUAAUGCUGAUGAGUCAGGCUUAUUCUGGAAACUUCUGCCAGAAAAAACGUACGUGUCCAGUAUGGAAAAGAGAGCCCCAGGCGUUAAGUAGGAAAAUCAGCGAAUCACGCUGCUUUAAAAACUUUCAAUGCCCCACAGACUAUAAGAGCUCAAAAUGCGCCUGGAUGACGUCGGCUGUUUUCAAGAAAUGGUUUCAUGAGUCCUUCGUUCCACAGGUGAGGAUUUAUUUUGUAUUUUUUUUAACUUUUUUCUUUUAAAUUUGUUUUUUAGGUAACGUCAUUUUUAAAGGAGAAAGGUUUGCCAAUUAAAGCUCUUCUCCUAAUCGACAACGCUCCUUCUCACCAAAAUGAAGCUCAGCUGGCAACGGAGGAUGGACAAAUUUUGGCAAUGUUUAUGCCACCAAACGUUACUCCCUCAUCCAACCAAUGGAUCAAAAUGCCAUAAAGAUCACAAAGUUGCAUUACAGAAACAGCCUUUUAGCCUCAUAGCAGCUACAAACUCCAAUUUACUCGAUUCGAUGAAAAAAAAUUACUUUACGAAGAGCUAUAAAUCUUUUGGUUGCUGCUUGGAGUCGUGUCAGCGAAGUAACAUUAGCUAAUUGCUGGAAAAAUAUUUUAAAUUUUACGGCAGAUGAUGACGAUCCCGAAGAUAGUGUUCCGCUCGCAGUUUUAAAAGAAAAAUGGGGAGUUGAACUUGAUGAGCAAUACCGUCGAUCUCCUCAACAGUUUGAAUGCUGAGGCUGAAUUAACGCUACCAGGCGUUCAUGAAUGGAACGAAGAUAUUGAAGAUGAUAAUGCAAAUGACGAGCAUGAAGAAGAAUACGUUUCCGAUGAAGGCAGCGUAUCGGAGGUAGAGGAGAAAAUUAAGCGGACUGAAGCAGUUGAAAUUUUCAACAAGGCGAUAAGGUAGGCUGGUCAUGAAGACGUCGAUCCAAAUGAUGUAAAUGUACUAAGACGUCUAAGAGAGAAAGCUGUGCUCCAACUUUUAGAAACACAGAAGAAACGAAAAGGAUGACUGAUUUUUUCAAAUAAAUCCAAGAUUUUGUAUAAUAUGUGUUACGUAAAAAUGUAUAUGUAAUGAAAACAUGAAUAAAAUGUGAACUCCAAUAUAUAAAUACGUACUAUU